AUGGAUCAAAUUCAAACAGUUGACCUCGGUGGUAAUUUCGUUAUUGAAGACGAUGAUAUCGUCGAUUCGCUUGGUUUUCUUUUUCCACGUGUCGAACGUUUACGACUUCAACGAGAUCGGCUCACAUUUAAUUUUACACACUCUGUUCGUCAUUUUCCCGAUUUUGUUUGUCCACAAAAUUUUCGAAAUCUAGCUGAUUGGAUUUAUGAGUGGCCGAAUCAAUUCUUUGAAAAUAUUGAAGUGACGACGGACGACGGAAAACAAAUUGCUCCUUGUUUGCCUCGAGGCAGUAUUAUCUAUGUACGUAGUUCGUCGAUCGAUAAAUUCUUCGAUAAAGUCUAUCCACAUUUGAUCAACGAUUUCGUCUUGAUCACUGGUGAAGGUGAUGAUUCGUCACCGAGUGAUUUAUCUUAUCUCAAUCGACCUGAUUCGAAAAUUAUUCACUGGUUUGGUCAAAACGGACGAAUUCACGCAGGAAAGAAUUCUAAAUUCACACAGAUUCCAAUCGGUAUCAAUUGUUACGAAAUGGCUGAUGCGAUAAGAAGUAUCCAAACAAAAAUACAUACCAGCCGUUCAUUUCCACCAGUAUAUGGUGAUAGUGAUGAACCCGCACAUUAUAUCGAUCUGUUAGAUAUGACUAAACGAGUUCUAUCUGCUCCUGGCAUCGAUCAAAAUCAUUUGGCAUUGAUCAAUUUCCAUCCUGAUACAGAUAAAACAGGACUUCGUUCGCGUAUUUGGUCAGAUAUGUGUAAUCCAGAUAAACCGGUUCCUUUUGUCAAAUGUAUCAAGAAACCCUCGGGUGUUCAUAUUUUCAGGAUAGUGAGAAUCUAUGCACGCAAUCGUCACUAUCCAUUUUGGAUAUCACCACGUGGCAAUGGCAUUGACUGUCAUCGGACUUGGGAAGCACUUUAUCUUGAUAUCAUACCCAUUGUAUGGAACUCAACAUUGAAUAGUCUCUACGCAAAUUUACCUGUAGUGAUUAUUAAUAAUCAUACAGAUCUAACCGAAUCAUUUUUACGUGAUCAAUUACAAAAAAUUGCAACGAAAAAGAAAGCACAAUCGAAUUCAUCAUCAUCAUCAUCAUCAUCCGAACGCUAUCAAUAUGAAAAACUACGCAAUGCCUUUUGGAGGCGGAUGAUUUUGAGCAAGUCAAGGUAUGCAACAAAAAUAUUCGAUCUGACACAUCAGCGACGAUGUUGGCGAGCAAAAAGCACCUGGUUAGAAUGGUCUCGCUAUGUUCCAUUUUUGAAAUAUUUUUAA